AUGACCCAUCUCCUUCCGCCCAUGCUGUUGAACCUGUUCGCCCCGCGCCCGCCGCUGCGCUGGGUGGAGCCUACCGACCACGCGCCCGAAAAGCGCUGCACGCCCAAGAUUGGCGGCAUCGCGCAGUACAUGGACGCUCUGAGGGAAUACAAGGACAACGACGGCUACGUGCCGACGGAUAGCUGGCUGCAGAAGCGCGAUCGUAAGAAGCUUGAGAAGCUUGAGAAGCAGGAGAAGCUCAUCACCGAGGGCGUCAAGAAUUAUAAGCCGGCAGAAGAUCCAAAGGUCCAGGGCGACGCCUUCAAGACGCUGUUUGUUGCUCGUCUGUCCUACGGUGUCACCUCUGAUGACCUCGAGCGCGAAUUUGGCCGCUACGGCCCCAUUGAGCGCAUCCGCAUCGUCGAAGACGUCACCCAGCCGCCCGACGCGCCAGCCAAGAAGCGAAAGCGCGGCUAUGCCUUCAUUGUGUACGAGCGCGAAAAGGACAUGAAGGCUGCGUACAAGGAGACGGACGGCGUCAAGAUCAAGGACCGACGUGUCCUUGUCGAUGUCGAGCGCGGCCGCACAGUUUCUGGCUGGCGCCCGCGUCGUUUUGGCGGCGGCCUUGGUGGCCGCGGUUAUACCAAGGGCCCAGCUGCUCGUGGCCCUGGUGGUUCUGGCGGCUUUGGAGGCGCUCCUGCCGGACCUGGCGGAUUUGGAGGCCGCGGCGGUGGCUUUAACAGUGGCUUCGGCGGACGAGGCGGAGGCCGUGGAGGCUUUGCUGGUGAUCGAGGAGGUUUCCGUGGUGGUGGUUUCGGCGGCGGAGGUCGCGGCGGCGGCGGCGGCGGCGGUUACGGUGGCGGACGCGGAGGCAUCGGAUAUCAAUCCAACGGCUAUGGACCUCCCGAUGGCGCUCCAGCUGGUCCCCGCGGUCCACGGGGCAGCGGAUUUGGCGGGGACAGACCAGGCGGAGGCGAUCGUGGCAGCGGACGAUACGACGACCGACGAGGCGGUGGCGGUUACGAUCGAGGAUCCAGCGGCGCUAACAAUGAACCGCUCGGCAGCAGAGAUCGAUACCGCGACCGCGAUGGUGGAUAUGGUGGAGGCCGAGAUGGGGGUCGAGACGGAGGCCGAGACGGAGGUCGAGACGGAGGUCGUGAUGGAGGCCGAGACGAAGGCUCACGGAAGCGCGCAUACGACGGCGACAGCUAUGACGAUCCACGGACACGACGACGAUAUUAA